CCUAUACCCCAGUGUUAUUGGUAGCCUAUACCCCAGUGUUAUUGGUAUCCUAUACCCCAGUGUUAUUGGUAGCCUAUACCCCAGUGUUAUUGGUAGCCUAUACCCCAGUGUUAUUGGUAGCCUAUACCCCAGUGUUAUUGGUAGCCUAUACCCCAGUGUUAUUGGUAGCCUAUACCCCAGUGUUAUUGGUAGCCUAUACCCCAGUGUUAUUGGCAGUCUAUACCCCAGUGUUAUUGGUAGCCUAUACCCCAGUGUUAUUGGUAGCCUAUACCCCAGUGUUAUUGGUAGCCUAUACCCCAGUGUUAUUGGCAGUCUAUACCCCAGUGUUAUUGGUAGCCUAUACCCCAGUGUUAUUGGUAGCCUAUACCCCAGUGUUAUUGGUAGCCUAUACCCCAGUGUUAUUGGUAGCCUAUACCCCAGUGUUAUUGGUAGCCUAUACCCCAGUGUUAUUGGUAGCCUAUACCCCAGUGUUAUUGGUAGCCUAUACCCCAGUGUUAUUGGUAGCCUAUACCCCAGUGUUAUUGGUAGCCUAUACCCCAGUGUUAUUGGUAGCCUAUACCCCAGUGUUAUUGGUAGCCUAUACCCCAGUGUUAUUGGUAGCCUAUACCCCAGUGUUAUUGGUAGCCUAUACCCCAGUGUUAUUGGUAACCUAUACCCCAGUGUUAUUGGCAGCCUGUGUCAUUGGUAGAAUAGAAUAUGCUACUAUCACUGAAAAGAAAGUAUUAUUGGCAUUUUCAGGAGGACACAGCUCUAGUGCAUUAUUACAUCUAGUGAAAGCGGGUCUUGAAGAGGAAAUGCACAAAAGAUUGAGAUUUCAUUCGGGUAUUGUUUAUAUCGAUGAGGGCGCUGUCACCAAUAAAAAUAAAGAAAAAAGAUUGCAAGUUUCUGAUUCAGUUCAGUCUAUCAUGCGACGCUACGACUUUCCCACACAUAUAGCAACUUUAGAACAAGUUUUUGAUCUUGAGAGAUCAUCAGUUGAUGAAAAUCCUACAACUGAUGUAGGGGAUAGAGUUGCUAUGGCGAUGCCCUCAUUGUCUGCAGACAUGGGAGAUUUAACUUUAGAUAGUGUACAGACAAAAAGAUUGAAAUAUAUGUUGGCAAACACCAAGAGUGUAACAGCCAAGGAAGAUCUGGUACAGAUACUGAGGCACCGUUUGCUCAUGGAUAUCGCCAGACGAUAUGGUUAUGAUAAGAUCAUGUUAGGAGAUUGUAGUACAAAACUAUCUAUAUCAAUAUUAGCAGACCUAGCCAAGGGAAGAGGAGCGAGUAUUCCCCUGGAUACAAACUUUGCUGACCGUCGUUAUGGUGAUGUAUUUUUUCUACGACCAAUGAGGGAGUUCACAUCUAAAGAAAUUGGUAUCUAUAAUCAUUUCCACAACAUUGAUUCUGUUGUCAUAGCAUCACUAACUACUAAAUGUCCGGUCAACGCUAGUAUAAAUCGAUUAACUGAGACAUUUGUAACCGGUUUGCAAGUAGAUUUUCCAUCAACUGUAAACACAGUAUUCAGGACUGGUGAAAAGUUAUGUGUGACUGAUUCAUCUGAUAACAGUCCAGUACAGUAUUGUAUCUUAUGUCGGGACACUGACAAUCUACCAGGAUUUAUUAUUGAAGAAGCAAGAAGAAGAAUACGAAGGUCUCAGAUGAAGAAAGAAUUUGAAGGAUUUUUACUAGAAGAAGAUUAA